AUGUCAAAGUCACUAGAAUGGGAUUCCCUACAAAAUAAAUUACAGCCAUGGAUACGUACCGCUGUAGAUGUGAUGGGGUUUGAGCAUAUGACACCCGUACAAGCAUCGACGAUUCCAUUACUUACAGGGAAUAAGGAUGUCGUAGUGGAUUCUGUAACAGGGUCAGGUAAGACUGUAGCAUUUGUUGUGCCAAUACUGGAACGAAUUGUGACAGAAAGAGCAGCAAUAAAUACAAAGAAAGGUCAUUUCCAUACAUUAAUUCUUUCACCAACUAGAGAACUUGCUAAACAAAUUCAAGCUGUCAUUGAUUCAUUUUUAGAUCAAUACCCAGAGGAAACUGCUCAAAAGCAUCCGAUUAAAUCACAACUUAUUGUGGGUACUGAUAGUAUGAAUGUACGUGAUGAUGUGAAUUUCUUAUUAGAAAAUAGACCUUUGAUAUUGAUUGGAACGCCAGGGAGAGUCUUGGAAUUUUUCCAGGAUCCUCGUGUUAAGACUACUUCAUGUAAUAUGUCCAUAUUAGAUGAAGCUGAUAGAUUGUUAGAUAGUAGUUUCCUAGGAGAUGUUGAGAAGAUUUUACGAAUUUUACCUAAGCAGAGAAGAACAGGUCUAUUUUCAGCAACAAUUAAGAGUGCAGGGAAUGAUAUCUUUAAGACAGGGUUAAGAAACCCUGUUAAGAUUACAGUUAAUAGUAAAGUCUCUGCUCCGUCAACAAUAUCGUUCAAUUACUGUUUAGUGAAACCACAAGAAAAGUUACAACAAUUACUUCAUAUACUGGAAAAUUAUAGAUUUAAGAAGUGUAUCGUAUAUUUUCCAACUUGUAUUUCGGUUCAAUUUUUUUAUUCCUUUAUUACCUAUUUACAAAAGAAAGAAUCAUCAAGCAAUUAUAUAUCGAAUGAUAUUGGCGUAUAUUCUUUGCAUGGUAAGUUACAAACAAGUUCUCGUAUGAAGACAUUGACUAAAUUUACAGAAGAUCUUACAAAUUCUGUACUAUUAACAACAGAUGUUGCCGCAAGAGGUAUCGAUAUCCCUGACGUGGAUUUAGUGAUACAGAUGGAUCCACCUACAGAUACAGAUCAUUUCCUUCAUAGAUGUGGUAGAACUGGUAGAUUAAAUAGAAUAGGUAAAGCAAUUACAUUCUUAAACCAAGGUAGAGAAGAAGAUUAUAUUGAUUUCUUAGAGAUUAAAAAUAUUAUCUUAAAACCAGCAAAUGAAUUAUUGGCACAAAAUCCAGAUAAUGAAAAAUUUUAUAAUGAAAUGAAGUCGUGGUUAUUAAAGGAUAGAGCUAGAUUCGAUCACGCAGUAAGAUCAUACGUUGCAUUUAUCAGAUAUUAUUCUAACCAUUCUGCAAGUUCUAUCUUUAGAUUGCAAACAUUAGAUUAUGUGGGUCUUUGUAAAUUAUAUGGUCUUUUCCGUUUACCAAGAAUGCCUGAAAUCACUAAAAAUUUCAAAGAUGAAGAUCCUUUGAAUCCUGGUAACAAGAUCACAUUUGGAGAUGGUUGGUUAGUUGAUCCACCAAUAGAUAUUAAUUCUUUUGCAUAUAUUGAUCCAAAACGUGAGCAAGCUAGAUUAAAAGAUUUGGCUAAUCUUGAAAAAAUCAACGAUAAGAAAAAACUUAAGUUCGAACUAAAGAAAAAAAAUAUGGCUUGGUCAAAUAAUAGUUCUUCAAAGGAAGUGAAAACGAAAAGAAGGGAGAAGAUGCAAUUGAAGAGAAAAGCUAUUGAAGAAGAACUUGCUCGAAACGGAGGUGAUAGUGGUUCAGAUGACGAAUCUAAUAAUGAUUGGAAAAAUGACAUCUUAGAGUCUAGGAAGAAAAGGAAACAACACAAUGACGUUCAAGGUCAAUUUGACGACUUGUAA